AAUGGGGGUUAGUUCGUGGGCGGAGCGGCUUUAAAACGAAACGCUGUGGCCUCUCUCCAGCCUGUCGCUUUGAUCAAUCCGAUAGCGGACAGUGUUGUUUGCCAUGUAAAGCGCUGCGGUUGAUAAGCGAGGCCUUUGUGCUGCGCGCGCGGGUAUGUGCGCAGGCUGGAGCUGUGCUCCUCCAUGGCGCCCACGUAGCGACUGCAGCUCGACCCGGCUGCGCGCGAGGAAGCAAGGAGGCGCCUUUCUCCCUCUCUCUCUCUCUCUCUCUCUCUCUCUUUCUCUCUGCAUCAGCCGCGGUUUUAUCUCUCCUGGUUUUUUUCCUGUCUUUUUUCAAUUGAAGAGGAUCACAUAAAUCUCAGCGCGUUUAUAUGUGUUUGGCAUGUGUAAAGAGGCAGGCUUCCUUUAAGCUGCUGUGUGUCUUCAGCCAGCAGCGGUAGCUGAUCAAUGGCUGUUAUUCGCUCGCGCAUUAACGGUGAUCAUCCAGUGACACUGUGAACCAAAAAAAGCAUGUCAGCCAGAGGAGGAAAAAAAAAGACCACCAAGCUGUCACGCUCGGCCCGGGCUGGCGUUAUCUUUCCUGUAGGGAGGAUGAUGAGGUACUUACGCACAGGCACUCAUAAAUAUCGCAUCGGUAUGGGCGCUCCUGUCUACAUGGCAGCCGUCAUUGAGUACCUGGCAGCUGAAAUUUUGGAACUAGCUGGUAAUGCGGCCAGAGACAACAAAAAAGGACGAAUUACUCCACGGCACAUCAAGUUAGCAGUGGCUAAUGAUGAAGAGCUUAACCAGCUACUCAGAGGGGUUACCAUAUCAAACGGAGGCGUCCUGCCCCGUAUCCACCCUGAGCUGCUCUCCAAGAAGAGAGGAGGGAGAGUGAAGGUGGACUCUCAGAUGACGGCACCAGAGAAGACAGACAAAGAGGUCAAGAGCAGCAAGAGGUCCUCCAAAAAGGGCCGAGGAAAACCAGGCCGUAAACCAAGGAAGAGUGCAGAGAAUGACAAAGAUGGAACCAACAGCACAAUGGAAGAUGGACCAGGAGAAGGAUUCACUGUUCUCGCAGCAAAGAGUUUGUUCCUUGGACAGAAGCUGUCUCUUGCAGAGAGUGACAUAAGCAAAAUUGGAACCAUCAAAGUUGAGGGAAUUAUUAAUCCCACAAAUGCAGAGAUUGAUCUGAAGGAUGGAAUCGGUAAUGCACUGGAGAAGGCUGGAGGGAAAGAUUUCCUGGAAGCUGUAAAAGAACUGCGGAAAACACAAGGCCCCUUGGAGGUUGCGUCAGUUGCAGUUAGCCAGGCCAGUGGGAUGGCAGCACGUUUCAUCAUCCACUGCAAUGUCCCUCAGUGGGGCUCUGAGAAGUGUGAGGAUCAGCUGGAGAAGACCGUGAAGAACUGCCUGUCUGCUGCAGAGGAGAAGAAGCUCAAAUCUGUGGCCUUCCCUUCUCUACCUACUGGAAGGAAUGGUUUCCCAAAGCAAACUGCAGCCCAGCUGAUACUGAAGGCCAUUUCAAACCAUUUUGUUUCAGCAACCACAUCCUCACUGAAGAACAUUUACUUUGUGAUGUUUGACAGUGAGAGCAUUGGGAUUUAUCUGCAGGAAAUGACCAAGAUGGAUGUCAAGUGAUGAUUGCGCUAUGGGUUCUUUUGUUGGUAGCUUGCAUAGCUUGGAUGCUAGUCUGUUUUAUCUGGCGAGUUCUGUGUAGACCAUUUUUUUAAUGGAAAACUGAACUGACAGAUGUUAGCAUCCAGGCUAACAGCAGAAUUUCGGCUCGUUUUCCAGCUGACGUGCUGUUUGACUAAAGAUGCUGUAGUUUUGGAACAAAUUUGGAAGGUAUAUAAAAAGGGUAUUUGUGAGUGACGUACUAUAUGCGUUUAUGUUACACUGUUACCUUCAUGACACUCAUUUAGAGUAGGCCAAGUUCAUUUGUUCCAUUUUUGUUCUUAGACUGAGCUUGUUUUAACAUUCCAUGUUGUAUAAAGACUUUUAAUCACUGUUUUUUCAGCUAGAGUUCCUGUGUAGUUUCUGAUACAGUUAGUUUAUUAAGGGGAAAAAAUGUGUUUGUCAUUUUGAUUUGAAAUAAAACACAGAUGUUUUACACUGUA